GCUUGAGCAGCCCAGCCCUCAUGCCUCCUUCAGGUAGCAUGGCAGCUAGUCACCGAAAAAGUGUCAAAAGUCAGUUAGAAAUCGACCCGUUUGAUGCGUCUGUGAUGUUUUCAUGGACCACUAUCCUCAAUAAUGACAGAGAACAACAGUCGUCGGGCGCGAACUUACUCAUCGGUAGGUCCGCGGUUCGAACUCGGCUUCUGCAUUUUGACUUCUGCUUAGACGUAAACAACCUGGCAGUAUCCCAGCCCUCGUGCUUCCUUCGGGUGACAUGGCACCUAGGCAUCGAAAGGGUGUUACAGCUAGGCGAUUAUUUAUUUAUUAUUAUUAUAU